GUUACGGGGCUGAAUAGGUGGAUCGAUGGUGCUGCUGGCUGCUGGUUGUGUAUCGUACACUGGUACUCGUGGUAUGUCCAAUGUGGUACAAAUCAACGGGAUCAUCGUGUCCAUCAGUCCAUGAGUGACGAGUGGCCCCAGUAGAUUUGGUUGCUCUGUGUAUUUUCAUGACACUGGAAAUUUCAUUUGUCAUUGUCAUUGUGUCAUGAAUGCCAUUUACAAACUAUAAAUGUCACGUGGAUCGCUGAUUACGAGAUAUUCAAUGGAAUUAAAUUGAUUGUUACGUGAUUGAUUGAAUUAUGAUUCGUAAAUCGUUGGUGUUGGGUUGAAUUUUUGGAUUUUCUUGGUAAAUGCCAGACAUACGUGGGCGUACGUUGAACUUUCACACCACCUCGUGAUACGAUCAUUGACACUGCACACUAUUCUGAAGAUUGAAGGGAAGCUUUUGAAGGUGGAUAAGCCGGUGUGAAGCUUUGAAGAGGAAAAUAAGAAAAUUGUUGAGACGAUUUAUCAGAGGAUUAAUGGAAAUAGUCAUCGAGUUUUUCAUGAAAUUUUAUCUGCUUAUCAGUGAGAUAUACGUGACACUCGAUGGAAUUAAGUGAUCAAGUAUUCAUGGAAUCGUUUCUCACCAGUGGGAUGGAGGUGGUCUUUGAUGCUGAGUAAUCGGACAAUUUCCUUGAGGUAUUGAGUUUACACUUGCUGAGGAAUAAGGGGUGAGGCUCUAUGCAUCAGAAAGAUAUUGCUCCGUAUACGUUCAAGGGUAAUUUGUUAAUUACUGUGCCAAUUACUUCGACCUGUCGAUUAUAACUGAGUGGAGUACAGUAAUUAGGCUGAUCAAUUAGAGGACAGAGAGAGAGAGGGGGGAGGGGGCAUUGCAUUGCAAUCGGUGUAACUUCAAGGGCACAAUAUAGAAGAUAAAAAAUGAAUAAAUAACGGAAUGAAAAAGAGCCCUGGAACAAUUGGAUGGAGUGUGGAGUGAGGAUAUAUUCCAUUACUCAAAUAAUAACCUUCCCGAAUGAGCUAGGAUGGGCAGGAAAUUAGUAGUGACGUUGAUCAGCAGUAUUGUUGCUGAUGAUGAGCCGACGGUAAUAAAAAAUUCAUCAAUUUACUUGAUGACUGACGAUUCAUUUACAACCGAGUUGACUGGUGUCACUCUGGUGUCCUCACGCCAUCGCCAGACACCAACAAGACACCUAGUUAAUCCAGAUAAAGUGGGGGUCACUGAUACUGGAAAAUUGGAUAAUGCAGAGACUGCGUUCGACCUUCAAGAGGUCGCGCACACCGACCGGGGCGGAAAUGAAGUCACAAUCGAGUUUGGAAGUACCGAAGCAAGUGAGAUCAGCGUCAUUCGAUGAGAUACAGUUGGAGGCUAAACGUCAAGACGAUCAGUCGAAGUAUCGUGAUCUAUUGCCUAAACUAAACACGGCAUCAUCCUCAUCAUCGUCGUCACCAGCAAGGUCGUCAGACCAACGUCUGACGACCCUGCGGGUGCCACAAUUGCAAAAUGCACAAAGAUCGAAGUCAGUUGAUGUUUAUGAGAGGGGCUCACUGCUGUCAUCAUCACCAGCGAGAUCAUCUGGCUCCUCAGGAUCUAGAAAAAGCGAUACACCAUUGAUACAACUGUCCGGUUGCCAUCACUGUGCAUGCGUUGAAGAAUGGAAUGCACGGUUUCUCAGAAAAGAUAAUGAUUCGGAGCCUGAGGAGGAGGAUCUCGAGGAAAUCAGCAUUGAAGUUGUCGAUACUGAUAACGAUGACGAUACGAGGAGAGAUGGCAGCCCAGAGAUUCGUGUUACUCUCACUAAUUUUGAGAGAACAUCUCAUACCGAGAUCUCAUCUCAUCGUGACAUCACCGAUGUCAGACCCGAGGUUAUACCUGGUGAGAGACCACGAAGACUCUCGCGACAGGAAGCUGUCAUAUCAUUUCCCAUUGAUCUACCAUCAAUUCUUGGUCCAGAUGACGACGACGACGAGUCGAGGGGCGACGAUGAUGAGGAGGAGAGGGACAAUGAUGUAGAAAAGUGCAAACUCGUGGUCAGAGAUAUUUUUCUAACUGUACCUGAGCUUAAGAGAGAUCGUGCUGCCUCUGUUGAUUCGUGUUUUAAUAAUAAAAAUGGCAAUGGUGAUGGGGGUGACUGUCUUACUGUGCCCCAGCAGAGCACUAGAUCCAAAAGUGUUGAUAUUGUUUUGCCUACUGAUCAACAGACGAGGUACACUGCAUUACUACCCAGCAAGGAUCACAGAGCCAGAGGAGGAAGGGAGGAGGGUGCCAGUGGUAGCAGCAGAGAGCCAAGAUCAACUCCGGAUUGGGGGCCCGAUGCCUUCAAUGGUGAACAUCUGUGGGUGCCCACUGCAGCUUCUGGGGAUUUUUGUUACGCCAGUGAUUGUUCAAAACACGGCCCCAGGUUGAAGUGCGCAGCGUGCCGGGUGGUGGCACACGCCCUUUGUGCCGGAAAUUUACAUUUCGAUUGCAAACCGAGUUUUCGAGAUGUCGGAGUCCGUCAAUAUCGUGAACAAGCAUCGACCCAUCAUCACUGGGUACAUCGUCGCUCGCAGAAGGGCAAAUGUGCCCAUUGCUCAAAAGCAUUUCAAUCGAAAUUGAGUUUCAGCUCCAAGGAGAUUGUUGCUGUUAGCUGUAGCUGGUGUAAGCAAGCUUAUCACAAUAAAGAUGCGUGCUUCAAUGUUGAGAGAGUCGGUGAGAAUUGUCAAUUGGGUAUGCAUGGUCCGAUAAUGGUGCCACCGUCUUGGAUAGUCAAGCUGCCGCGUAAGGGUAGUUUCAAGAGUAGUUUGCGUAAAUCACCGAGGAAGAAAAAAUGUGUAGCUGGUGCUGAUGGAUCGCCGAGGAGAAAGAGCAGAACCGAUGAUAAGGAAAAGGACGAAAAGGACCAGGAAAAAUUGUGGGCAAUAAAGCCUAUUCCAUCGCCAAAUAUUCGUCCAGUUGUUGUAUUCAUAAAUCCAAAAUCUGGUGGAAAUCAAGGGGCUAAGUUACUCCAAAAAUUUCAGUGGCUUUUGAAUCCACGACAGGUGUUUGAUCUCACUCAGGGUGGACCGAAAAUGGGAUUAGAGUUGUUCAUGAAAGUGCCAAAUGUACGUGUACUGGCGUGCGGUGGUGAUGGUACUGUUGGCUGGGUUUUGUCAAUUCUCGAUCAAAUUGGCGCGUCACCACCGCCCGCUGUUGGGGUACUACCACUCGGCACUGGCAACGACCUUGCCAGGGCACUUGGUUGGGGCGGUGGCUACACGGAUGAGCCCAUUGGAAAAAUUCUAUCAAACAUUGGUGACAGUGAAACAACACUUCUUGACAGAUGGGAAGUCAAUGUUGAGAGAAAUCCUGAUGCCAGUGGGGAUGACGAUGGUGGCAAGGGGAAAGAGAAUCUGCCACUCAAUGUCGUGAAUAAUUACUUCUCACUUGGGGUUGAUGCGCAUAUCGCACUGGAGUUUCACGAGGCAAGGGAGGCACAUCCGGAAAAAUUCAACUCUCGCCUCCGGAAUAAAAUGUUCUAUGGCCAGAUGGGGGGUAAAGAUCUAGUCCUCCGGAAAUGGAAGGAUUUGUCUGAAUUCGUGACAUUGGAGUGCGAUGGCCAAGACAUGACGCCAAAGCUCAAAGAGCAUCGUGUGCACGCCAUUGUCUUUCUCAAUAUACCAUCGUACGGUGGUGGUACACACCCCUGGGGAGCUGGAAGUGGGACCAAGGAGCCAGCGACUGACGAUGGGCUUUUUGAAGUCGUUGGCCUUACGACUUAUCAACUUCCGCUUUUGCAGGCCGGUGGCCAUGGUACCUGCAUCACCCAGUGCAGUACAGCUAAAUUAAUCACUACGAGAACCAUUCCGAUGCAGGUCGACGGUGAGGCAUGUCGCUUGCUUCCCUCGAUAAUUGAUAUUAAACUAUUGAACAAAGCGACAAUGUUGGCGAAGCGUAGAAGAACGAGCAAGUCGUCUCAGAACGUUGGAGCAAAGUUAGAGAGUUUGAAAUUACCCCUAAUGAGGAUUAAGAUGGCUGACUACAUGGCAUACCACUCGGACAAAGAUCGCCUGAGAAAGGCAGCUGUUCUCUGGCGGGCAGAGCCCCUGGAUCUCGAAGCAACAAUGGAUCUCGAGUCAUUGAGGCAGAUGUUGGCUAAGGAGUAUCCAAUGGACUCCUGCUGUUUUCUCGACUCCUACACAGCUGAGAGAUUCUUCAGGAUCGACAGGGCCCAGGAGCAACUGCAUUACGUGACUGAUGUUGCUGCUGAGGCAGUUUACAUUCUCGAUGAGGACUCUGGCAGUCAGGCAGCUAAUGAAUCGGAUACAGCCAGCCAUCUAGAGCCAGAGACAGCUCAGGCAUCUCCCUGCGAGGAGAAAUCACUGCGACCCACUUUGGUGAGCGACGAGAAGGCUCGAGUGCCCCUUGAGAAGAGAAAAGAGGCUGUGGAGAAGGCCAAGAGCUUCGAUUCAGUCUCCGAGAGGAGAAUGGACAUGCGGAAGGAGCGCAAGAGCUUUGAGGAUGUCAAUGAGGACAGUAUGAGCAAACAGUCCUCAUCCAAAAAUAUCUCUGAGCCUGGGCAGUCCCACAGUGACCAUGGAUCAACGUUCAUCAGUCCUCGGGACAGGCUCUUCGGCCUUUCGUCGGAAGUUCACACCUUCAACAGUGGUCUUCUUGAGAAGACCUCUGAUGGAAUUAUCAGGGCGGCCAAAGUUGGCGAUUUGAAGACACUGAAGGAGCUUCAUGAGAGGGGGUAUUCACUGCUCUCCAUCGAUGCCAGUGGACAGACAGCCUUGCAUAUCGCUGCCAGGCAUGGACACAAGGAUAUCGUUAGAUAUCUCAUCGCCUGUGCACCUUCUACUAUUCUCAAUAUGGUUGACAACGACAAGGGACAGACAGCUUUGCACAAAGCUGCCCAACAGAAACGUCGCUCAAUGUGCUGUAUGCUGGUUGCCGGAGGGGCGACCCUGACUGUUCGAGAUCGGCAUGGUAAUACAGCACAGCAGCUUGCCCUCAUUGCUGAAGACAGGGAUUUAGCAGCAUAUCUACACAGCCAAGAGCAAUUUCAACUCGUGACAGAGGAUAUGCAGAACCUUCCCUGACCUCUCGCUGUGUUUUGAGACAGCGUUGGAGGUGAUUUUGAAUUUUCAAUUUUUGAAAAUAUCAGCUUGAGACGCUUUACUCAGGCUGCUCGUGUGUAGGUUAUUUAGGGGUCCAUUUUAAUAAAAUCCUUGAGUCGUUGGAUUCUUCGGAGACGAGGGAAAUGAACAACUCAGGAUCGGCAUAUCUCUAUUAGACGUUUAACACAAUGUAUGAAAUAAUGAGUUUAAGAAAUUCGAUUAUGAAGAUCCUCUAUUUUUAAUUACCUCGAAAAAUAAUACUAAUAUAUAUUUACAAAACGUUCAAAAAAUCGUUAACAAUCCACACAUCUGUCUCUUUACAUUUGUGAGGUAAUUUGGCGAUGGUUUUGUCUUUUUAUAACAAGAUAAUUCAUCUCGUGGCGUUAAUUGUGAUGAGAUUAAAUAAUAUCGAACUCUUCGUAAUGAUUAUAGGAUGAAGAGUUAUUUCAUCAAUGAAUCUCUUUGUCAGAUGAUAAUCAACUCGAUUUUAAAGUUAUGGGAAAAAGUAUUAAUCAUGCCUGCUGGAAUUUACUCGAAGGACCUCGGCAUAAAUCUAUUAAUUAAUGUAUCGUAAUCAAAUCACAUCUAUUGAAUUAUAAGCGUAAAGCGUGUCUAAUUCGUCAGUUGGUAUUACACGAGGGAGAGGAAUUAUUUUUGGUGGUCAGGGGCCUGGAGGAAUAUUGAAUUUAAUUAUCGGUACCAAAAUGAAAAAAAUGGGGAUCAACGUACGAACACCAAUUAGUUCUUAGAGACGGUCUAUUGCUAAACUAUAUGAAAUUAUAUUUAAACUACUUAAUGAGGGACUGAGUUAUGAAUAAUUUUUGAUGGAUUUCAUGCGAAUGAUUUUUCCCCAGGGACAGAACAGGAAUAGCUGAUGCGGGUAUUAGAAUUGGUUUCGAGGAAUGAUUUUUUCCAUUUUCAUUCCGUAGAGAUGCUUCCUCGGGCGAUAGUUUAGAGUUACAGCGUUAGAAAAGAAAAUGGAAAUUUCCUGGAUAUGGAGAGGGAAAUCAUGACAUUUUAGCUCAAUUUAAGAGCUCUCAAAUGGAUUACAACUUUCAAUUAAAACAUGAAUUUUCAAUUUCGAACUUUCAAGAAUAUAUUCAGGAAAAUUUUUCCAUGAAGUUUUUGCUUCUCAAUAACAAAAUUCCUAGAAAUUUCAGCCAAAAUUUCUACAGUGUACAAUAUUCUCUAUUCCAUAAAUUUCACUUUAAUUCAUGGCAAUCGAUAGGAUAAAAACAAGAAGUUUUGAGGCGAGAAGUCAAUGGCAGAGGAGAACUCCAAAAUUGAUCGGGAAUUGGGUACCUUACAAUUGGCUUUAGGUAAUGCUGUACAAUCAUAUGUAUACGCCCGCUGAUAAACAAAUAAUUGUACAGAAAUUUUUCUCUCCCCUAUAAAUAAAUAUGAAAUCCCGGCCUGUGUACAUCUAAAAUUCGGUCUAGCCACUGUACAUUGAACAAUUAUGGAAGAAUGACCGUUCGUUACACGUAAUGACAUUGCCACUCUCAAUCAACUCCAACAACAUCGGCUUAUCAAUGCCACAUUGUCGAGUUAUCUUCUUGUACUUAAACGAGUCAACAAAUGCCUUUUACGGUCCACUUUAAAUUAACAUUCUAGAUAGUUUAAAAAAAUAUGUAUCAAGUAGUGAAUAUGUAAUGUCUUAAUUGGGCAAUUAAUAGAAAGCGGGUGGGAAAUGUUAACGAGUGGAGAAAAAAAAAACAACAAUUGUAACACAGUAUUGCCUUCCUAAUGGGCGCUAAUUCGAUCUGGAUUAUCCAAUUAUUUACGUUUAUAGAUUCAAUAAAAUGUCGGACAAUCAACGAUGAUAAUCCGGAUCGAAUUUACCGGCCACUCACGUUACAAGCGAUUCCCCGAUUGAAAAAAAAAUAUCACGAAAAAUUAUUACGUUUAGGUUGUCCUGUUGUUGGUGAGAUGACGAAAUUUAUGUGCACUAUUCUCUUUUAUAAAUUUGAUUGUUACUAAAUUGCUCGUGACUUUUAUUCAGUGUUUGUCACUUAUAGUCUCGGACAUUUUAAUCAAGCAUCAAGUUAAUUGUUUAAAAAACUCUCGGGGAGUUUUCCAUUUUUCAGGAAAUUGUGGUUAAUAUCUUCAAUGACUUUUUUUCCAUCACUGACGAUAGUGAAAUUUCAACAGAAUUUUGUCAAUGCAAACACAGCUAUGGCUGAACAUCUCAAAUAUACUUUGACGAUGAGAAUGGGGUGAGAUUCAGCUGAAUUGGGUCGAGAAGAUUAAAUUCUUGGUUUGUGUAACGAGAACAGCUUAUUCUGUACCAAGUGAUGUUUUCGUCUCAUUUUACGAAUUAUUUGCGCUUGAAAUUUAGCAUUCUUUGCCAUAGACGACGAGGAAAUAGGAGCUGUUGAAAAAUUUACUUUCGUCUGAUAUUUUACAUUCUCAUUGAAACUUGAUACCGAGAACAAAAAACCACCGGAGACCGUAAAAUUUCGAGACAGGGCGGACGGAGGAAAUGAUGUAAAAUGUGGAAGGAAAAUAUGUAAAAUUUACGUAGUUGAACAAUAUAUGUAUUAUAAAAACCCUCACAUGUAUUUUAAAGGAAGAGUGGAAAAUUGCGGCCUGUUGAUAUACCGUAAGAGAUUAAUAACUGACUUAAAAAAAACUAGAUCAUAUUGAAAACAAUCGUUUUAUCACUAGAGGAGUGAACAAAUAAUUCUACGAAUCUCUAUCAUUGUUAUCAUUUGUUAUUGUUUUACCGAUAAGUAACUAGUUGAUUCGUCUAUCGAAUUACUGACUAAUAUCAAUUAAUUAACGAAAUAUGAAGGAUUAACUUAGACGCUGUCACUGAAUCAUCAAAGACUUGUCUCAAUAUAUAGAAAAAAAAAUCUUGAAAUUACGAAACAUUGUAUUUAAUCAAAGAGACAAAUGUUUUUCUACAAAUCCUCUGUGUGUUGAAUGAAUUGAAUAGAGGGGGAGAAACACUAUUUUGAAAAUUCCUACUAGAUUGUAAUAAUCAUGGAUGAUUGCCUGUUCGAUUCGAGACUUUACGUAUUAAAAAAUUUCAUUGAAAACCCUGCAGUUCUUUCUGGAAACUUUUUAUUGAAUUUCCAUCCCAAUUCCUAUUUUCUUAACAGAUAGCACAGCAGGUGGUCUUGAAAUUGAUAGAGUUGAUUUUUUCUGGCAAGAAAUGAAAUUUUCAAAUAAUCUAUUUGUUUUUCAUAUUAUGAGAGAUGAAAAAUGAAUGGGCAAACAAAUUCUGCUGAUUUGCUUCAUUCAAUACCAUUGAUUUUUCCACCGAAUUCGCUAGGUUUUUCAACGAAUUUUUCUCGUGCGUGGCCUGUUGUAUUUAUUAACGUCGAAUAUUUUUCCAUAGCGAGAUAACUCCAGUUGUUGAAAAAAUAGACGUUCAAUGGGAAUGAGGAGAGAGAAAUGAAAAGGUCUUCUUGCAAAUUAUAUUUGUAAUAAACGUAAAUAGAAAGAAAAUGAAGAUGAGUCGAUGGAAAAUGGUGAUAAUGUUGCUGUGAGUCUACAAAAUGAACGACAUUUUUUUGCGCUGAUAACGGAGGAAGUAAAAACAGUAUGGAUAUCUUACUAUUUAAAUUAGUUACAAAUGUUAUUAUCCCAUUGUUUGAAUAAUAUAAAUCUUUCAUUAAUUCGAUUUUCAUCAAUUUAAUUAUCAACAAUCAUGUGAUUCACUCAUUAAUGUCGACUAAUUAGUGAAUAUAUUUUUUUCAUUACUAAUAAUUUGUUUGUGUGUCAAUCGUUAGAUUGAAUUGACAAACUAUUUUCAGUACUUUCCAAUGGAAUCUCAACGUACUUCGUAAUGUCUACUUAUUGUAAUCGUUAGCUACUGUAUGACGAAAGAAAAAAUCCAAACGAUAUAACGAGUGAAAAUGUGAGAGAAAGAAUCCAUUAUCCAAGAGAAUCUUGUAAUUGAUAAUGACGAGACCAUUAUAUUUUUUCUUCGAUUAAAAAUGAAAAACAAACGAAUAAAUACAGAGACUUUUUUGCGCUGUAAAGUUUAUUAAAUUUUACGAUAAUAAAGCACUUUACGAAUAGUAACUCA